CAUCCUUUGCCUCCUCAUUGCAACACGGAUGACAGAAACCGUCCAACAGGAGUGCUUGAAUCCAUGAUGAGUUUUGUUCUAUUGCAUAAAUCUUUUCACCCUUUACAGGGAAAAAAACACAAACCUCCACAGACUUCCUGGAGUGAGCUGCUAAGAGAAGCAGGUACUAGCAGAGAGAAGUCAUCCGAAUUUACCGUCUGCAAAGAUUUGGAAACGUGGGGAAAUAUGUCUAACGAACUCGAUUUUAGGUCUGUGCGCCUGAUGAAGAAUGACACCAUGAACUUCCAGAAGUUCUCCUACACCAAUGAAGACGAAGCCUGGAAAACCUACCUGGAGAACCCCCUGACUGCAGCCACCAAGGCGAUGAUGAGGGUGAAUGGAGAUGAUGACAGCGUGGCUGCCCUGAGCCUCCUCUAUGACUACUACAUGGUCCCAAAGGAGAAGAGGAUUCUUCCGUCUGGUAUGAUGGGACGCAAUGAACUAGGAAAGAGGCACUGCCACGGAAUGGAGUACGACCCAGAGAUCGCAUCCUUUGAUGGCUCAGCCCAUCUCAUGAAGCUCUUGUCUGAAAACACUUCUAUGACCCAAGAAUAUUGUGAGCCGCAGAAGAAGAAUGGCUUAAAUCUUGAAGGCAUCCCUACUCCUCACAAACCAGCCAUGCUUCCACCAGGCGUUAGCAAGCUGGAUGCCACACCAGACACCUACAUGGUCCCUCCAGGGGAUGUAUACGACAACAGCUCAUUGAACUCCCUCUUCGAGACCAUCCCUGUGGCCCCAACACAGCAGAGGUGGCAGCCAGACAGCACUUUCAAAGAGGAUCCCCAGGAGUCACUACUCUUCAGUGAUAUCCUCAAACCCCAGCCAGAGCCACCUUGCCCUGAGAGUUAUGCUACGGACAGUGUUAAGAGUGACUUUGAAUACACUCUGGGGUCGCCCAAAGCAAUUCACAUAAAAUCUGGGGACUCUCCCAUGGCCUACCUCAACAAAGGACAGUUCUACCCCAUCACACUGCGGACAGCUGGAGACAGCAAAUGUUUACACUUGUCCUCAAAUAAAGUGAAGAGUGUUGUGAUGAUUGUUUUUGACAAUGAAAAGAUACCAACGGAGCAGCUCAAAUUCUGGAAGCACUGGCACUCCCGCCAGCCCACAGCCAAGCAGAGAGUCAUUGACGUUGCUGACUGCAAAGAAAACUUCAACACGGUUCAGAACAUUGAGGAGUUAGCCUACAAUGCGCUGUCCUUUGUGUGGAACGUCCAUGAAGAAGCAAAGGUAUUUAUUGGGGUGAAUUGCCUGAGCACCGACUUCUCCUCCCAGAAAGGAGUGAAAGGUGUCCCACUGAACCUCCAGAUAGACACCUACGACUACGGCAAUGGAACCAGCCAGCUGGUGCACCGUGCCGUCUGCCAGAUCAAGAUAUUCUGUGAUAAGGGAGCAGAGAGGAAGAUGCGGGAUGAUGAACGGAAACAGUUCAGAAGGAAAGGAAAAUGCCUGGACUCCAAUAACAAUGGUCUGAAAGGCUGUUUGCUGUCUGGCUUCAGAGGGAAUGAAAUCACAUUCCUGAGGCCAGAGACUGACCUUGAAACCCAGCCAGUCCUGUUUAUCCCCAAUGUCCAUUUUUCAAACCAGCAGAGGUGUGGCACGGUGCUUCCUCCUGCUGUUCCCAACUCUGCAAACAGGCUGCCCUUAAAACGAAGUGGUACCUCAUUCACAGAUGAGUUUGACCCGAUACCUCCAAAGCAAACCAAGGAAGAAGAUCCUCAGAGAGUGUUGUUGUAUGUGCGGAGGGAGUCAGAGGAAGUGUUUGAUGCUCUCAUGUUGAAGACACCAGAUCUCCAGGGCCUCAGAACAGCUAUUUCAGAAAAAUAUGGGUUGCCUGAAGAAAGCAUUUAUAAAGUCUACAAAAAAUGCAAAAGAGGGAUCCUGGUGAACAUGGACAACAACAUCAUCCAGCACUACAGCAACCAUAUGGCUUUUCUCUUGGACAUGGUGGAAGCAGAAGACAAGAUCCAGGUCAUCCUCAAGGAGCUAUAAAGAGCCGCAGGCAGCACUUACUGGGACUUCUCUCAAAGACGGCAAGUUUGACCCAACAGAGCUCAGCCUAAUGCCUCAGUUUGUUGCCUUUACUUGAAUACACUGCCUCUUGGGAGGGACUCGGCCUCAUGGUGCCUGGCCAGAGACUGCUUGGAAGAUCUGUUACUGAUGUGAACGUGGAACUUCUCUCUACUGAAUUUAUUAUUAUUAUUAUUUUAUAUUUUAUUUUAUUUUAUUCCCUUCUGGCAAUGGGCCUGACCUUCUGUUUUACAGCUGGGAACGUGCAGCUACACUAACAUGGCUGUCAGAACCCAGGCAGCGGCAGGGGACUGCCUCUGCUCACUGUUUGCCUUAGCCCAUGACUGAUCCAACCAUAGGCUUUGGCUUUCUCCCAAACCAUCAGUCAUGCAGAACCUUCAAACCAUUUCCAGUAGGGCUGAGCCCAGCUCUGACCUCUGUCCACAGAGACUUUCACAGAUGCAUUUAAAACUCACUGUUGAACGGACACUGCCAGCUCCCAUGCCCCCCACCCUGCUGUGUCUCUGAUUGUAAAUACCACAAAGGCCUCCAUAGCCCUUGUUUAUACAUUUCUGAUGUAUUGUUCCUUUUAUAUUUUAUAUAUGUAUAAAUAUGCAUUGUUUUAUAUUUGACUCAGUACGGUGACACAGAGCAUUUCAAACACAG